AUGAACGGCAUCCAGCUCAUCCAGACGCUGGCCGAGUCCUUUGUCGCGCUCUCCGACGAGGUCCAGUCGCUGGUCGAUCGCAAGACCAUUCUGGAGCACAAGCUGCGGUAUGCCCACGAGCAGUACCAAUACCUCGCGGACAAGUAUGUGCCCGCGGCUCCCGAAAUCGCCGAAACCCUAGCCAACCUCCAACUCCCUCCGGACCUGCACCAGCCCUCUGCCGCUACCUCGGCCGUGCCCUUGCCGAAGCGUAGCCAGACCGGCAACAACAAGCUCCAGCUCGCGUUAGUCAUCCGGGAAGGUCGCAGGGCCGCCCAGGAGCUCGCAGCGGGCAUUAGUGCCAAGCAAGAAGAAGAGCGAGAGAAAGAGAGACGUAGAGAGGCAGAAGGCUCAGUGGAACUAUCCACUACUGCUGCCUCGCCUGACAUGGAUAUCAUGACGUCUGUGUCGACCGCCCUGGAGAAGGACUUUACCGUCGAAGGAAAGAAGGGUGACCUGGCGUGUCCCUUCUCGGCCCGGCCGAAUCAAGACGUCGACGGCCUUCCCAACGACGGAGGAGCUGAGCGGGUCGACGUCUCCCAGGACCCAGCCAGCCCAUCCACCCCGGCCGGUCCAACCCAGCGACCCACUCCCACUACCCGCCCAUCUGACCCCAUCUGCGCCGCGAUGCUCAACGAUCAAACAUCUGCCGCCGCGGCAGCCGUUCCCCCCUCGUGCCCGAUCCGCUACCUCGACAAGCACACACCCGAGGAGAUCGCGCAGUACGUGGAAACCCACAAGCACGCGAUCCCGCGCAGCCACGAGGUGUGCGUGCGGCGGUACCAGCGCAACGAGGACCAGAUCAGGAAACUCGAUGCCAAGUAUGGUAGUCUCGUGAACAUGGUGAAAGACCUGAGCCACCUGCACCGCCCGAUGAUGCCGCCGUCGAAGGCCGAACAGCGCGAGGCUGACCGGGCGUCGAAUCGGCGGGUCGAGGACUGGGCGAAUACUGUUGUUGUUGGGAGUUCGCCUGAGGACGGGCCUGAUGGCGAGACACCCAACGUAGAUGACGACCGUGAAGGUCGAUUUGACCGCCCGAUGCGAGACGUGCGAGUCGGCGAGUCGCCUAGCCGGCCAUGGGGGAUCUCGGUACCCUUGGAGGCGGGAAGUCAGCAACCCGGACCAUCGGCCCAGGGUCUCGUUCAGCCCACACAGGAACCAGCGAGGGCGCCCGCAGAGGCCCCUCGAAAGUGCCCAUUCGACCACACCAAGAUGUUUCCCGGCGGGGCCAAGCCGGUCGUCAGCAAGACUGACCAUGAUAAUAAGAAUAAUGAUAAUGACCAUAACGCGGAGAAGGGCACUACGAAGCCACCUGAGAUCAAACUCAAGCCGGACGGAUCACCCCCUCCUUGGAGCACUGCGCAGCCGACGUUUGUUAACCUCGCAGAUGUGCCAACCGCUUCAGCUUCGGCGCAGGAUAAGGGUGAUCGGCCGCAGGUGGUGUUUAAUAUCUCUGGGCCGGUGUUUAUCGGGUACCCGAUGGAGCAGGCGGUGGAGUUUAUGAAGCAGUUUCAGGGGCGGUGA